CGCACUCCUGGAGAUAGACGCUCAAGCCUGACGCCUCUGAAAAGGCAGCAGCAGUCGCCUUCUGCACAGACCUCAGGAAAUUCGCUUUGACCGAUGCAUGCCUCAAGCUCUGGCUCGAGCUAAGGGGGAAUAACCGGGCAGAUUUCUGGGUCCUUAUAAAAAGACAAAAUAAAAUCAAAAUGCAUCACCGACACACAACCAAUUGAUAUGCUGGCAUCUUAGCUUGGCCUUGCAGAGGCGGAGAGGAAAGAAGAGGAGUUGUUGUGAUUUCCACAUCUAACAGCUUCUGGCUAUUUCACAGCGUCUGUGUUUGAACCCUACUGUUGGGGAGGGACAAAGAGAAGUAAAACCCAGCCUGUGAGGCCGCCGUGUGCAAGGAAUUCUGCUUUGGCUACAGUGGUACUGGAAGUCCAUGAUAUGACAGAAGAAGCAGGCCUUUGAAGCUCCUCUGGGGUUGAUAAGUGGUGCCUUAAAGAGGCAAGGGACCCCUUUCUCCCUUCUGGUUUGGGACACUACAUCUGGAGGAGAAACACUUGAGGCAUUACCAAGCAUUCAAGGACCCUGGUUCAUUGCUGGCUUCUUGUAAUUGCCUGGAAAGUGUGACUCGAACUGCUUCCCUUUUGCCUGGUACCACUGAUGGUACCUGGCAGAUGAUGGUAUUUGAAGAGUGAAGCAUCUGUUGACACCACCGACAAAUGGAUGCGUGAUUGCCCUUGACGUUCUGUUGACACCUUUUCCAGAGCGUUGCUUCCAAAGUGUAUCCUCCCUUUGGUCUGGAAGUUCUGUGGCUGCCCUGUACUACUGGGGUCUACGUUUUCCAGUUGGGAGGGGACUAUAGGGAGAGAGGGAGGGGUUGCUGGAAGAAGAAGAAGAAAAAAAGAGCUAGAUAAAGGAGGGUGCAUCCCUCCCACUCCUGCCCCUCCCCUUACCCGACUUAUUUCCGGAUCCCUAUUUCUGCAUCACGGUGUCCAGGACCAUUUUGACCCUGUCGGCCCCGGCACCCCCCCGCCGCACCCCAGCCCCGAGCAUGGGGACGGCGCUUCUCCAGCGCGGGGGCUGCUUUCUCGUGUGCCUCUCGCUGCUGCUCCUGGGCUGCUGGGCAGAGCUGGGCAGCGGGCUGGAGUUCCCGGGCGCUGAGGGCCAGUGGACGCGCUUCCCCAAGUGGAACGCCUGCUGCGAGAGCGAGAUGAGCUUCCAGCUCAAGACGCGCAGCGCCCGGGGCCUAGUGCUCUACUUCGACGAUGAGGGCUUCUGCGACUUCCUGGAGCUCAUCCUGACGCGCGGCGGCCGCCUGCAGCUCAGCUUCUCCAUCUUCUGCGCCGAGCCCGCCACGCUCCUGGCCGACACCCCGGUCAACGACGGCGCGUGGCACAGCGUGCGUAUCCGACGUCAGUUCCGCAACACCACGCUCUUCAUCGACCAGGUGGAGGCCAAGUGGGUGGAGGUCAAGUCCAAGCGCCGGGACAUGACAGUGUUCAGCGGCCUCUUCGUCGGGGGGCUGCCACCGGAACUGCGCGCCGCGGCGCUCAAGCUCACGCUGGCCUCCGUGCGGGAGCGAGAGCCCUUCAAAGGGUGGAUUCGCGACGUGCGGGUCAACUCCUCGCAGGCCCUGCCGGUGGACAGCGGCGAGGUGAAGCUGGACGACGAGCCGCCUAACAGCGGCGGCGGGAGCCCGUGCGAGGCUGGCGAGGAGGGCGAGGGCGGGGUGUGCCUCAACGGAGGCGUGUGCUCCGUAGUGGACGACCAGGCGGUGUGUGACUGCUCGCGAACCGGCUUCCGCGGCAAAGACUGCAGCCAAGGUAAGGCCCGACGACGUCUGAGCCCCGGGGGCCUCGGCCUGGUCAGGGCGCGGGGAGGCAGGGCGAGGUAG